CGCUGCGAUGUGGGCUCCUUAUCUUCUUUCCAGCCUUCCGCUAUUGGCAUCACUCGUCACAGCUGAGUCCACUUUCUCACCGGCUCGACCGCCUGCGAUUCCUCUCGCCGUGAAGACACCGUACCUCUCAACCUGGCAAAAGGCAGGAAGCAUUGACGGCGGAAAUGGAGGCUACCUCGCAGGAGAAUGGCCCACAUUCUGGGCUGGCGCGAUCGUUGGAUGGUGUGGUCUGAUCAAGGUUGACGGCCAGACAUACACAUGGAUGGGCAAGCCCGACAACAUGCCACCAGCAGUCGAUCAAACAUCCUUCGAGUACACCUCCACUCGCAGCACCUUCACCAUGAAUGCCGGUCCAGUCAACAUGACCGUCGAAUUCUUUUCUCCCGUGGAUGUCCAAGAUAAGACCCGAUACAGCAACCCAGUCUCUUACAUGACGGUCUCGACGAAGUCCUCCGACGGCAAUGAGCACGAUGUCUCGAUCUACACGGAUGUCAGCGGCGAGUGGGCGUCUGGAGAUCGCAGCAAGGUCGUCCAGUGGGAACAAGGCGCCCAAAAUGGCCAAGGAGGCUUGGUCUACCACAAGUUCUAUAGGCAAGAGCAGCAGGAGUUUUCCGAAGACAGCGAUCAGGCAGCUUGGGGAAACUGGUACUAUGCCACUGAGCAGGGUCAAGGAUUGACAUACCAGACUGGUCCUCACAUCGCUACUCGGCAGCAGUGGAUCGACCGUGGCGAGUUGACGAACCAGGUUGGCACAAACUACCGUGCGAUCAGCGACAACUUCCCCAUCUUUGCAUUCGCGAAGAAUCUGGGCCGUGUCGGUGGCGACCAAGUGGACACCACCUUCACCAUCAAUCUUUUGCAGCGAAAUGUGGUCCAGUAUAACCCUGGCAAUGGAUUGAGGCCUGUCCAGGCGAUGUGGUCAAACUUUCACCAGGAUGAAGUCUCUGCGAUCAAUGCGUUCUACCACGACCGUCAACAAGCUCAGGACGUCGGCAAUUCACUCCACGACAAGAUUGUCUCCGACAGCAAAGCCGCUGCGGGCAACGACUAUGUCAUUGCUACCACCCUCGCCCUCCGCCAGGCCUUCGCCGCAGUCCAGCUCGGCGGUACCGCCGACACCAACCACCUCUAUAUCAAGGAGAUCAGUUCCAACGGCAACUUCCAAACCGUCGAUGUCAUCUUCCCAUUCAUCCCGAUCCUCUUCUACCUCAACCCUUCCUGGGUGCCUCUCAUCCUCGACCCGCUCUACAUCAACAUGGAAUCUCCCGGUGCUUGGCCGCAGAAAUACGCCAUCCACGAUUUGGGCGACCACUACCCCAAUGCCACCGGUCACUCCAACGGCAAGGCCGCCGAGCAGCCUCUCGAGGAAUGCGGCAACAUGCUUAUUAUGACCCUCGCCUACGCCCAGAAGACCGGCGACACAGCUUAUCUCUCCUCGCACUACACUCUCCUCUCGCAGUGGGCGAAUUGGCUCAUCGACAACAACGCCGUGCUGCCAUUCAACCAAAUUUCGACCGACGACUUCGCCGGCAAACUCGCCAACCAAACCAACCUCGCCCUCAAAGGCAUCAUCGGUCUCGAAGCCGCCUCCCUGAUCGCCAGCAUGACCGGCCACCCCAACGACGCCCAACGCUACACCUCCACCGCCCACGACUGGAUCCAACAAUGGGCAUCCCUCGCCCUCAACACGCAAGCCAACCCACCACACACCACCCUCAACUACGGCGCGCCGGAGUCCUUCUCCCUCCUCUACAACCUCUACGCCGACCGCUUACUGUCCACCAACCUUGUACCGCAAUACAUCUACGACAUCCAGUCAAACUUCUACCCUUCUGUGCGUCAAACUUACGGCGUGCCGCUGGACACCCGCUCGACGAGGAGUAAGAACGAUUGGGAAAUGUUCUGCGCGGCGAUUGCGAGCGAUCAGACGAAACAGAUGUUUGUUUCGGAUUUGGCCAAGUUUAUCAACGAGACGCCGAGUAGUGCACCCGUGACGGACUUGUUCGAGGUGGGCAACGGCACGCAGAAUGGGAAUUUCCGAGCGAGGCCGGUUGUUGGUAUAUUCUUCGCCGGUAUAUCACCCCAAUGCCAUGCAUCAAAUGCCGAAAUACAGGAGGGCAGUGGACUCGUGAGGCGAGCCUCACGCUGCGAUCUCGCCACUCACAAGUUACCCCUCACCACCAUCAUCAUCACCACAUUCCUCGCAACACGCUACAUCACCUCCAUCCUCACACACACCGCCUCAUUCCAAACACGCAGACCGGCACACAGCGCCUCACUACAGACCGGCAAACCGGCAUACAUCGCCGCGUACCCAAAUACGAAGCACCCGCACCUUCCAUCGUCUUCGCUGGCUCCCAAACCGGGAUUCCCUCGACUCUGA